AUGGGAAGAAAGAAAAUAGAAUUGAAGUUAAUAGAAUGUCCAAAAGAGAAAAGUAGCAAAUUCUCAAAACGUAAGAAAGGGUUUUUAAAAAAGGCUGAAGAAUUGGCAAUACUGUGCGAUACUGAUAUAGUUCUCCUCGUCUUUUCUCCCACCUCCAAGCCUAACCUUUUCUAUCCUCAUUCUAGACAUCUUAGUAGAAUUUUGGAGAAGCUUUCCAAUAUGUCAGAAGAUGAACGAGAAGAGAGGUUGAUCUUUCGGGUUUUUACUCUGGUGGCUCAUUUGAAGAAGGAAACUAUAGAAAUUCCCAAUGAAAAGCGUAAUUAUUAUUCUGGAAGGUACAAUCAUGAUUUUUUUUAUUAUUAUGAUAAGAUAAUUGAACUGAGAGAAGCUAGAGAACUGCUUGAUGAGAAAAUAUCAAUUCUAAGGAAGUGGCAAGACCCGGAUAGAGUUGAUGAUUUGGCCCGACUCACAAUAAUGGAGGAUCAUCUAGUUUUUAAUCUUAGCCUAUUCAAAAAUGUAUUAGGAGUUAAUAUCAAAUAA